AUGAAGACCACCACCUCUUUCUUCGCCUACCUCCUCGCCGCAUCGGCCUCCUCCGUCUUCGCGGCCGCCAUCCCCCUCUCUACCGGCGUCCCCACCCCCGCCCCCGUCGAGCAAGUCGGCCAGCAGGCCAAGGCUGCUCUCGAUAACGCCUCCGCCUAUGCUCCUCAGCCCUCUGUCCCGCUCUCGACCGGCGUUCCUACCGUUCCCGCUGGUGCGGCCCACUGGAAGCAGAUGAACGUCGAGGCUCCUCCUGUUGAAGGUGCCCAUGAGGUUCCUGCUGCUCCUGAGGUUCCCGCUCCCGCUGACAUUGCGGCCGCCGUCCCGGCUGAUGUCCCGGUUGAAGCUCCUGCCGCCCCGGCCGUUGACGCUCCCGCUGUGCCUCCUGUUCCUGAGGUCCCCGCUCCCGCUGACGUUGCCGCUGCCGUCCCUCCCGUUGACGGUGUUGCCCCUGCUGUUGAUGCCGCUGGCGUUCCCAUCCCUCCUGUUGAGGCUCCCGCCGCUCCCGCGGUUCCUGCCGAUGCUGCCGCCCCUGUUACCGACGCUGCUGCUCCUGUCACCGACGCCGCUGCCGCUGCCAUUCCUCCCGUCGAUGGCGCUGUCCCCGCUGAUGCUACCGCUCCGGCUGACGGUGCUGCUGCGGCCAUCCCUUCCGUCGACGCUGCCGCCCCUGCUGUCGAUGCCGCUGCCCCUGUUGCUGACGCUGCCGCCCCCGCCACCGAUGCUGUUGCUGGCGCCGUCCCUCCCGUCGAUGGUGCUGCCCCCGUCGACGCUGCCGCCCCUGUCACUGACGCCACCGCCGCCGCUCCCGCUCCGGUUGACGUUGCUGGCAAGGUCGUCGAUGGCACCAAGGCCGUCGCGCCCGAGGUCUCCUCAGUCCCUAUCCCCUCCGGUGUUCCCUCCGCCGUCCCUGGUGUCAAGCGCGUCUAA